AACAGCGAUGGUAUACAUUGUACUUAAGUUGAAAUAACUCAUUGGUACAUGUCAGCGCCGGGAUUCGAACCCGCAUCUCUUGCGUGUGAAGCGGGCGCUUACUCGACUGAGCUAACACCGCUCCUUUUUACUUAUAACUUAUAUGUUUCAGAAAUGAUUCCCGCCACUGUGUUGCUCGCCGUACUGCCGUCCGUCCUCGGCCUGAGCCCUCCGCUCCUCUUCGAGAGCCUCAAAUCCGAACCGACAAUCUCAACCCUCUACACCACCGACAAAAAAGCGGACAAAAUCACCAACGAAUGCCUCGUAGAGAUGUACCCAAGGAACUUGUACAACUACCCGCUAAAUAUCGAUAAAAACGACGUUCCGUGUAUACUACACUGUGUUCUGAAGAAAUUCGGCAUAAUGAGCAACGAUGGAAAGAUCAUUAUCAAGAACUACUAUAGGAGAGUGCAACAAAUUCAUAGGUACGACCCACGGAUACUCAUUUCCGAUGUUGGAGACACGUGCGCCCAGAAGAUCAAGUCUAUGGAUUUGAGUAGAGAUGUCUGUAAGAAGGCGAAGGUGUUUAAUGAGUGCACACAGUUGUUCGCUGUUUCCCUUAAAGAUUCUGGUCGCUAGUGGCUGUGGUCGUUUGUAUUUUUGUAUUCGCAAAUUAAAGUGUUGCUUCUAAUUUU